AUGGCAAAAGGGUAUCCUGGAGAAGGUAUUAAUUCAAUACCAAAACGCAUUUCCGAGACGUUAAAAGUACAACCGCUAAAUAACCUUAUUCCCAAGUCAGGCCUUUCUCAACUAUUGAACUCCUCUGUAACUCAAGAUUUAUGCAUUGAUUAUCGAGCGGCUUUCGAAAAUCCAACGUCAGAAUACUGGUCAUAUCCACAUCCUAUAGAUUUCGAUCCUUUGAAUGAAAGUGAUCGAGAUCCUAUUAUUUUUAAAAGACCACCGAAUAUCCCUAUAUCAAGUAAAUCCCAAGACACCGAUGCUGAGGAUUUGAAGUUUCUAAAAAGGGUACCACAAUUAGGAAUACGAUGUCUUACUCUUACUCAUCUAGUCGAUUCCAAGCAUAUAGUAUCUCAAGUAUCAGAAGAUAAACCUUCCAGCUCUAGAAAGAGAAGUGCGGACAUCACAGAAGGAGAUAUUUCGUUAACUGAUACGAGUCACAAGAGAACCCAGAUAAGUGUUCAAUCCAACCCUAUGAAUGAUAUAGAGACUGGCAGCAGGUAUCUAGAACAUCUUUCAACGCAAUUAUCCGAUCUGGGAAUUGGUAAGGAAAAGUAUACACAUGAAAAUUCAAAAUUAUGGGUACGUAUUCAAGAAAACCACCUCCUAACUAGAGAGGCAAUUGAACGUAUUUCGAUUACAAUUAACAAGAUCCAUGAUUAUCCCAUGGUAUAUGAAGACGUUGAUAUAUCCUCUCUGAAAAAGUUGCUUAAUCUUUGCACACAAAAUAUACGAACAAUUAUGAAUAUUCAGACUGAAAUAGAAGAAGACGAAGCCACUGAUAUUCAUGAUUUAAAAUCCCUCGCAUUUAAGUCAGGUUUUUUGAUAAUAGAAAUAAUGAUGAUAGACCUAAAAAAAGCGAACCUUCAGCUAGAAGAAUAUUACUCGGCAGUAUUUUCAGUCGCAGAUUCGGUUAUGGAAUCAUUUUACGAGGAGAAAAAUCUCAAAAACUUAAAUCUCUAUGUUGUCGAUAUUCUUAACUUUAUCAGGUUACUCGAGCGCUUUAUUUCAUCUCAAACAUAUUUAGAUGAAACCUUUUUGAUUAAAUCAGCAUGCAUUUCUUGUGGCCUUCUUAUACAUAAGUCAUACCAAUAUUUGAAUACCAACGUAUUAAUGGUACAGACUGAUCUAAUUAAGGAAUGCUCACUUACAAUUUUAGUUUCGCUAUUUUCAAGAUACCCAUCUCAGAGACAAUUCAUUUUGGAAGAAUUAUUAUCACAUGUACAAGACACGCCGAUUACAAAAUCAUCAAAAAAGAUGAAGUUGAUAGAUGACCAGCAGAACAAGUACGCUAGCUUUUUCACAGUAGCACUAGUAAUGAUGUUACAAUCUGUGAGCUUACCACCAUUUCCUCAAAUUAUGGAAUCUCCAUCAUAUGAGGACUUAGAUACUCUUGUUUCAGAGAAUAAAUCUUCAUAUUUGGAAUUAAUGGAAAUAGUCGAUAAAGUUACUUUCUUUUUAUUAGAAAACGCACUUACAAAUACCACCAGAUUCAGACCUAUAAUAGAAUUGUAUGCACAGGAUCUAUUGAACAUGUUGCGUAACCCAUUAUGGUCCUUCUCUCAUUAUUUGUUAGAGACAUUACUUUCCAAGCUAUUCCAGAUUUUCAACCCUACAAAUCCAAAUGGAGCAAAUUUCGAAGUAACUGCUUUACAAAUUGUUGGCCAUAUAACGGCUUCUUUAUCCGACGUAAAGAUGGAUUUAGCAUCUAUCAAUCAUCAGUCCAACAAAAAGCAAAUUCUCAGCGACUAUGUAUUUUGUUUGGAUUGGCUAAAAAUGUACGAAAAGUCACCAUAUGUUUACAAUGUAUUUUGGAACGAAGCAAUCCAUUUUAUAUCUACCUCAAUGAAAUCGGAGGAGGGCACUGACGAAAAUUCCCUUCGUCAACAAUACCUUUGGUUUGUGGAAAGAACGCGUAAUUCAACUUUGGUUAAUUCCAACAAAGACCACAAUCCAAACCAGUUACAUCUGAAUUACACAAAAAUUCUGGCUGAAUCUGGCUUAUUGCUUCUUUUUGAGCCUGCAGUAAAGUUAAUUCUCUCUCUUUUAGACCAGCAAAAGGUAAAAUUGAAAUCGGUCGCAGUAAAGUGCUUAAGUCAACUUAUCUCAAGAGAUAGGCAAAUGUUAGAAACACCUUUUGUUAAGGAUACAAUCAAAGUUAGACUAUCAGAUUCAUCUGCUUCCGUGAGAGACGCUAUACUCGAUCUUCUUGAACAGUCAUCAUUUUAUGUCCAAUUCUACAAAGAGAUUAACUGUCAUUUCGAUGAUGAUAGCGUUGCAGUGCGGAAACAUGUGAUGAGGAUGAAUGAACGUAUAUUCGAUUUAGCCAAUAACAACAAAGUUAAAACAUUUGUAAUGGAGAAAUUAUUAAGGAGAAUCGAGGAUGAAGAAGAUCAUAUAGUUGAAAAUGCCAGGAAUAUAGUCUUAGAAAAGUUACUCAUGAAACAUCGGGAUUCUAAUCUAGGAUCAAAUAUUCAAAAUGAAAAUCUUUCCCAGACACUUGACAUAAUGUCUAGAAUUGUUGUAAACGGUGGAAAGUGUGCCGAACUCCUUGAAUUUUUCUUUCAUUUCUUCGUGUUAAAUCAAACAGCACACGAUCAGAUUGCUUUCCAAGAAAUCGUGGAUACAAUACGAAUUUUGAUAGAUAAACUUGUCGAUGAAAUAACUGAUAAUGCCGCUAGAAAAGAAGAAACAACCGAUAUUGAAGACAAACAACAUCUUGAAUUAUUAUUAUUUUUUGCAAAUUGUCCUGGUUCUUUUGUGACAAAAAAUCAUUUACAUUCUCUAUUCCCGUAUCUUCUUUCAAACUCAAAAGGAAGAUGUUUUUUGGUGUUGCUUAAGGUUUUCAAGGCAUGUAUGAAGAAGCUGAAUAACUUCAAAUCCAAAUUUUUAACCGAAUUAGAGAAAACGUUACUUUCAAAGCUCUCCAAACUGAAUACGAAAGAAAUUGAAGAGGCUAUUGCAAUUUGCUGGGAGAUAGCAACAAAAACCAAAGACGAAACAAGAUUAUUAACAGUUUGCACUUCGUGUGUCGAUCAACUAAGACCAUACGUUCUGCAAGCUAUCAAUUCAUCAAAAUCUUUGGAAUUAGACGGAAAGGUUCAGCGGCUAAUUUAUUUAUCGACAGGAUUUGCACGGAUGUGCCAUUUUAAAAAGGAUGAACAAAGGCUUAAAUUUUUAAAAGGUGAAGAAUAUCUCUACCAAUAUGUCACUAAAUGCCUUCUUGCUUUUACAAACUUGGAAUUGAAGGCCCCACUAAGAAAAAUAGCUAUAAAAAACCUUGUAAAAUUGGCAUGCUCUUUCCCAAAGCUUUUCAACUCUCCUCCUGUAUUAAAAGUGAUAGAUCAAGAAUUUAACUCAGGACAAGUUGAUAUCAAACUAUCAAUAAUCGAGUGCCUCCAAGAGUUCUUUUCUAGAGAAGAAAAGAAAGCUCUCAUGAGAGUAGGGGUAAAUGGUACCAUAUCAUCAAAUUCUGAACUAAGAAAAUUAAUCAAGAAACAAAACACGACAGAGUGGAUUAAUGAUGGAGUAUGCUCUGCAUUGGUCACUAGAUACCUCGAAAAUGUAAUGGAUCUAUGUUUGCUCACCGAUAUCAAAAGCGCUACCAUUCCAAUAAAAUUUUUAGAGUUGACAUUAAAUUUCAACUAUAUGAACCCAUCUCAUGCUGUUCCCACACUGAUAGCUUUAACAUGUUCAGACAGUAGUAGUAUAAAGAAUCUAUCAACAAGAUUACUAUCUAAUAUCUUUGAACAAUACGAGAGCAUGGUUUUUAAUGGUUUAGCAGCUGGGUUCAAAAGAUGUGUUUCUUAUUUAAAGAGCCUUAAAAGUAACAACUUGUCGUUACACUCUACCUGCAUGUCUGAUCUUCAAAAUAUGCUCUCAAACUCUAAGAAGAACAGUAAAAAAUUCCUUUCAACUGUUAAAAAACUCACUGUCACAGAGUGUUUUAAUACUUCCUCCCGAGAUAACAAUGAAAUGAUAUUUUUCUUGGGAAAUGUGUCGCUAAUUGAUUUUGGUGACCAAUAUGAAUUAUACGAGUUAUUGCAUUCAAUAUCAUUGGCAUUAGAUGAAAUAGAUGAGGUGAUACAGGAUAUCUUAUGCGUUAGAAAAGACGAUGAGAAAAAUAGAAAAGCUUUUUUUUUCAUCAAGAGAAGGAAGAUUAUGUCUACUUUCAAGGAACAAAUGAUAAUUACAUACAAUCUUUCUUCUGAGAAGCUCUCUUAUAUUGGAACACCUGACGAAACAGGCUUGAAAGGAAAACCUCUCAGUGUGACUUCUGAAAGUUAUGUCAUCCUUGAAAACAUUUAUCCGCAUGAUUUAACAGAUGAAGAAAUUAAUCAAGAAUGUAUUGCAUAUCAAAAAGAAUAUGAUAGCAUUUACUGA